GUCAUCAGCAGUAGCCCUUGCUGAACUGCAGAUCUUCAUUCAUUACUGCAGGCGACGUUAGUGGACGACAGUAUUAUAAAGUUUUACCAUUAAUUUCGUCAAGGUCACAUUUCAACAAUUUGGACUUAAGCUUGAUACAUUUAGCAACACUUCCGUCUGGGUCUUACAAAAAAAAGUCGCGUGCUACAAUGUUGAUUUUUUUUUUUUUUCAUUUUACUACACUAACUUUGAGCACUGAGAGUAGGAGAUGUCCUCUGUUAACUGUUCAGCCAUGUCGAGGAAUGGUGGACGAGAAGUUUGAAGUCGUCAUAAAGAAUUUACUGCCAAAACAAGAGGUAACGCUACAUUCUCUACAUCAGUCUGAAGAUAAAGACUUCUGGGAGGCUUUUGGACACUAUAUCAGUGAUGAACAUGGAACAGUAACAGUGGCAAAAGAUAAAAGUUUGGGAGGCACAUAUGAAGGCACAGAGCAGAUGGGUUUGCUGUGGAGCCUGAGGCCUGUACCAGGAAGUCGAUCUGCACUCAGGUUGCGCAAGAUGAAUGUACUCACACCGAUGGUAGUUAACAUAUCAGUCUACAGUGGGCAUCUGUCUCAAGAAUUCAGUCAGACUUCUGCGCUGGCCACAACUGUCACAGAGCGCUGGUACAUGGCACCUGGUGUACAGAGGGUGAACAUAAGGGAGAACGGAGUUCGAGGAACUUUGUUUCUUCCCCCAGGCCCUGGGCCAUAUCCAGGUGUGCUGGACCUAUGGGGAGGAGGUGGUGGAUUGAUUGAAUAUCGUUCUGCUCUGCUUGCAUCUCAUGGCUUUGCAUGUAUGGCCCUUGAAUACAUAUCUCCAGCAAAGCUGAAAAACACUGAUGUUGAUAAUACAUACUUUGAGAAAGCAUACCAGAUCUUGCAAAAUCAUCCGUUAGUACAGAAGGACAAGAUGGCGAUGCUUGGGUUGUGUUUUGGAAGUGCCAUCACAUUCAGUAUGACUGCCUACUCCACAGUCAUCAAGCCCCAGUGUUGUGUGUGUAUCAGUGGAAGUCAUGUGGUUCCUGUUAAUAAAUGCAUCUUUGAAGUCUUCGAGGACAUAAAAAAGCUAAUGGGUAAAGUACAAGAGAAUGAGGACAACCAUAUAGUGACCAGAGGCAUGAUCUUGCCGAUUCCCACAGACCCGGCUCUCAAAGCAGACGUUGGGAAAAUAAAGUGUCCUCUUUUGUUGGUGAAUGGUACUGAUGAUCAGAAUUGGGCUACUAAUGAAUCUGCCGAAGACAUUGAGAUGAUGAUGGAAAAAGCAGGAAAUCGACACCUGCUGACUGUCUUGACGUAUCCUGAUGCUGGUCAUCUGAUUGAACCUCCAUACACACCUCAUUUCAGAGCAACUAACUUCCUUCUGCAUGACAUGAAGGAGAAAGUUGUCAUGCUGUGGGGUGGACAAACUAAACCACAUGCAUACGCUCAAGAGGACUCAUGGGAGAAGAUUUUAGCAUUUUUCCAAGAACACCUCUACAGUUCAAACGUUAAGGCCAAACUGUAGUUCCUUCAUUUGAAACUGUGAUAUAUGACCAACUUCAUUUCAAAAUGCCAUUAAAUGCAAUGAUUAUGCUGCCAGUACUUGAUUUUUGUUUGUGGAGAAAGACACUUUAGAUCAUGGGUCUCAAACCCAAUUCCUGGAGGGCCACAGUUCUGCACAGUUUUGCUCCAACCCUGAUCAAACACAGCUGAUCCAGCUAAUAAAGGUGUUCCAAAACUACUAGAGACUAUUAAGCAGCUGUGAGUUGGAGCUAAACAAUGCAUGAAUUGAGUUUGAGACCACUGCUUAAGAUCAUUUUGACACACUAUAUUUUCUUCUUUUGUAACCACAAUCUACCUCUGCUUAAAAUAAAAGCAUAAAUAAUAAUUUGA